CUAAGUUAACGAGAGUAAACUUGACUGCAUGUGAACAUCUAAUAAUAAUAGUUCGACAUUAUGACUUUUAAUGCUGCCUUUUUCAAUCAUAUGUCAAGCGUUGCAUUUUAUAUAGCCUAACUAACUUAUUGUCUGAACGGGUAAUACUGUAAUCACCAGUGUGUUUUAGCAAACUAUUAGCACACAACCACCGGCCAGACAAGUUUUUCUUUACGUAAGAGAUGAGGCACAGCCUGAGCUGUGAUUGGAGUUGUGAAGAAUCAAAGACAAUCACGUUAGAAAACAAUAGGACCGCCCACUCAGCUCACAACACAUAUAAGAGAUGGGAAUCUGUCAUACCUUGCACCUUCAUUUCUUACUAGUAUAGUUUGCAGACGGUUAACAAAAUGCCUGUAAGCCUCUGUGGUACAUGGGACAUGGUCAGCAAUGUCAACUUUGAGGGGUACAUGAUUGUUUUAGGAAUCGGCCUGUACACCCGUAAGAUCGCCCUUAAGCUAAAACAUCGUAAAGUAAUCGAGCAGGUGGGGGAUCAGUAUGUUGUCAAGACUAUCAGCACUUUGAAAAACUACACAUUCUCCUUCAGAGUCAAUGAGGAGUUUCAAGAGUUCACCAAGGGACUGGAUGACAGACACUGCAAGUCUCUGGUGACCUGGGAGGGGAACAAGUUGGUGUGCAUUCAAAAGGGUGAGAAGAAGAACAGAAGUUGGGCACACUGGAUCGAGGAUGACAAACUCCAUUUGGAGUUGCACUGUGAAGAUCAAGUCUGCAAGCAAGUUUUCAAACGGGUUGUGUGAGGCUCUGCUGUGGGGUUUACUAAUUGAAAAGGUUUAAUGAUGUAAACUGAGUUGUUUGCACAUCUGUUUCAGAGGAAUAUGAGGCAAGAACAUGAACCAAGAGUUUCAACUUGUGCCUCAAAACCUGACUAAUCAUUUACAAGCAGUAGGAGGCUUGCAGACUGAGUCAGAAUGUCUGGAAGCAUGAUUUAUAGUGCCACUAGAGGGCGCAAUAAGACCAUGAACACACACAGAACUCAGGUCAACAGCAGUUUAGCCCCUGGAGAAGCUCACUGCAUGUUGUCAAUAGUUGUGCCACUGUUGCCUAAUCGUGUUUACAUGUAAUGAGAGCGUCAAGAGACGCAUUCACAAACAUUUAGCAAUGUGUCAUGUACUUCUGUUUUUCUGCAAGCCAGAUUUUUUUUUUUUUUUUUUUACCAGAAUAUGAACCAUUUUUCAUUUUGAAUACAUUUUUAAAAACGUUUUGUAUAACUUAUUUAGUUUUAUAUAUAUAUAUAUAUAUAUAUAUAUAUAUAUAUAUAAGCUUGUUAAGCUUUACUUUUUGUUUAUGUAUGUUUUAUGACACCUAAAUAUACACGCGUUGUUAAUUCUAUUACUUGAAUUCAACACCUUGUUCAAUUCUGUUACUUGAAAGUCACUUAUUGUGCAAUAAAAUUUGGAACAGCUAUAA